AUGUUCCCCCCACUGUUGAUAAGCAGCGCCAGCUCGAGGCUAGUCGCGUCCUUCGUGUUCCUGGCGGUCGCAGGAUUCAGUCUCGGAAGCCCAGUCGUCGUCACGGCCCCUCCUGAAGUGGCCGCCCAGUGCCCCUACACCCCGGGGGAGUACCCUCUGCUGCUGCCCAACCCCGUCGACUGCGGCUCCUUCUACAUGUGCAGCUGGUACGGGACGGCCAUCUUGCAGUAUUGCCCAGAUGGUCUCCACUUCAAUGUUAAACUGCAGGUGUGUGACUACCCUGCCUAUGCCAACUGUGUCGAGAGAACUACGACUGCGCCAGUCAGUGUAACAACAGCUGCGCCAGUUAAUGUAACAACAGCUGCGCCAGUUAAUGUAACUACAGUUGCGCCAGUUAAUGUAACUACAGCUGCGCCAGUUAAUGUAACAACAGCUGCGCCAGUUAAUGUAACAACAGCUGCGCCAGUUAAUGUAACUACAGCAGCGCCAGUUAAUGUAACUACAGCUGCGCCAGUUAAUGUAACUACAGCUGCGCCAGUUAAUGUAACUACAGCUGCGCCAGUUAAUGUAACUACAGCUGCACCAGCCAAUGUAACUACAGCUGCACCAGCUAAUGUAACUACAGCUGCACCAGCCAAUGUAACUACAGCUGCUCCAGUCAAUGUAACUACAGCUGCCCCAGUCAAUGCUACUACAGCUGCUCCAGUCAAUGUAACUACAGCUGCGCCAGCUAAUGUGACUACAGCUGCACCAGUUAAUGUAACUACAGCUGCUCCAGUCAAUGUAACUACAGCUGCCCCAGUCAAUGCUACUACAGCUGCUCCAGUCAAUGUAACUACAGCUGCCCCAGUCAAUGCUACUACAGCUGCUCCAGUCAAUGUAACUACAGCUGCCCCAGUCAAUGCUACUACAGUUGCACCAGUUAAUAUAACUACAGCUGCCCCAGCCAAUGUAACCACAGCUGCUCCAGUCAAUGUAACUACAGCUGCUCCAGUCAAUAUAACUACAGCUGCCCCAGUCAAUGCUACUACAGCUGCUCCAGUCAAUGUAACUACAGCUGCCCCAGUCAAUGCUACUACAGCUGCUCCAGUUAAUGUAACUACAGCUGCUCCAAUCUCCAAUGUAACCAGAGCUGCUUCAGUUCGAGUGUAACCACAUUGUGACCACA